AUGUACGAUCCACUAAUACUGUAUAACUGUAUACUGCCACGACAAGCGCUCCUGCAAGCUGAAAGAGCGCUUCGAGCGCUACAACAGCCACCACUUCGAGAAGACCGCCCGCCAGCGGAUCCUUGCCGACGAGCAGACUGUGCGGUGAAGAUGAAAUACCGCGCGGUAUACGUGAACGGCCAGAAGACGGACCUCAGCUUCAGGGAUGUGAGGGCGCUGCCGACGAACGUGAAGGCGCACGAGGGCCUCUGGUUCCUGGAUAAUGGGGAUCUGAACGUAGUUUUCAGAACCCAAGUGGGAAAGGAGAGCGCGGUA